AUGCAAUUAUCAACAUUCGUCGCCUCCGUCCUGGCAGUGACUGCUUCUGCAGCUCCCAGCUUCCCUGUCCCCAUCGUUACCGAUACUCGAUCUGCCAUCGAUACGUUAGGAUCAUUGUCUGGUUACUUCAACCUCGUUGCGGAUAAGGUCAAGGCUGCCAAGGCAUAUGAUAUGGCUCCCGUCUGUGAUCUCUCACAAGCCAAAAUGGCUCUUGAUGGUCAAUUGCUUCCCCCUUCUAAGGGACUUACACUCAAGCAUGUUGCUGUCGGCCGCGGUACACAAAACUACACAUGCGACACCAAGGAUCCCUCAGCGGCGCCUGUUGCUACCGGUGCUGUGGCUACUCUGUUCAACGCCAGCUGCAUGGCUGCUCUGUACCCCGACCUUCUCGAGCGUGUCCCCGGAAUGGCUGUUCACUUCCCUUUGGCAGCCGCUGACAAGCUGGGCCCUGCCUCUCUGCCCGAAUCCGGUCACCACUACUUCACUGCCGAUGGUGUGCCUUACUUCGACCUCCGCACACCCGAGCAAGAGAUUGGCCAGGCACCUUGCGCUAAGAACAGCAGCGCUCCCGCACCAUCGCUCUCAGCCAAGGGUCAGCUCGGCGAGUCUGCUGUUCCCUGGCUCAGACUUUUCACCGUUGAAGGUGCGACUCACGACAUCAAGGAGGUCUACCGAACCACAACUGCCGGUGGUAGCGCUCCUGCCACAUGUAAGGGCAUGGCUUCUGAAUUCGAGGUCGAAUAUGCGACACUAUACUGGUUCUGGGCCGGUAAAGUCGAUGAAGACAAGGCUUAA